UUAAUUUAUAGAAUAUAUGAGCAAUUAAUCUACUCCUAUAAAUUCCAAGAGUAAGUAGUAGCUGAUAGAAAAUUUAAAACAAAAACUCGACGGAGUACGUACGUAGUUUAGAGGAAUUUUACUUAAUUAAACAUGAUGGGAGUAGGUGCUCUUGCGGUAGCUCUGAUGAUGAUAACGGUAAUAACCUCUCCUUGUGUUUACGGAGAAGAGUUCUCCGAUCCCCAGGAAAUUAAAGUACAAAGACUUUUGAGACGGCUCAACAAACCUGCUCUUAAAUCCAUUAAGAGUGAAGAUGGAGAUAUAAUAGACUGUGUUCCUAUAACUAGUCAACCAGCUUUGGAUCAUCCUCUACUUAAAAACCAUACUAUACAGAUGAGACCAAGUUCUAUCACAGAAGAUGAAUCUAAGAACACCAAGAAAAAACAAAAGGCUAUAAUUCAGGUGUGGCACAAGAGUGGAGAUUGUCCGGAAAACACUGUUCCUAUAAGAAGAACAAAGAAGGAAGAUAUUUUACGAGCACAAUCUUUGAAGAGUUUCAGGAGAAAAACUCAUAGACGACGCACUGCUGAAUAUAAAAGUCCAAAUGAUGGCCAUGAGUAUGCAAUCAUGGAAUUAAAGACGGGAAAGUUUUUCGGGACAGAAUUUACAGUAAAUAUCUGGAACCCAAAAGUUCAAGUUUCAAAUGAGUUCAGCCUGGCUCAGACUUGGCUUGUAUCUGGAGAAGGCCCUAAUACUAACACCAUUGAAGCUGGUUGGCAGGUUUUUGACAAAAUAUACCAUGAUAAUAAUACUCGAUUAUUCGUUUUCUGGACGAACAAUGGAUACCAAGGACCUGUGUGCUACAAUCUGGCUUGCCAAGAUCCUGGUUUUGUUCAAGUGAGCACUCGUUUUGUUGUAGGUGGAACAAUAUUUAAUCCCGUGUCACAAUACGACGGAGAACAACAAGAGCUCUCCAUGAAUAUAAGGAAGAGUCCAGAUGGAGAUAUAAUUGACUGCGUAUGGAUCUAUAACCAACCAGCUUUUGAUCAUCCUUUACUUAAAAACCACAUCAUUCAGAUGAGGCCGAAAAGUCACUCCUUCAGGGACAAGCCCGGAGAUAAGAAGACAGACUUUAUACUUCAAUUGUGGCGCACGAAAGGUGAAUGUCCUGAGAACACUAUUCCCAUCAGAAGAAAAACAAGAGAUGAUCUGUUAAGAUCAGAUUCCAUUGAAACUUAUGGAAGAAAGAGUUUAGCAACCAUUUCUCCAACUAUUUAUCACCUCCACGGUGAUCAAACGGAAGUUCAUGAGCAUGCGUGUGUGUACGUCGAUUAUGGUGAAUUCCAUGGCAGCAAAAGCCGUAUAAGUAUAUGGAAACCAAAUGUUCCAAAUACGAGAGAGCUUAGUUUGGCUCAAACAUGGGUCGUCAAUGGAGAUUGGGACACUGGUUUAAACACUCUGGAGUCUGGUUGGCAGAUUCUACAUGCUUUGUACGGUGACAAUAAUCCAAGACUUUUCACCUAUUGGACGAGCGAUUCAUACGGAGAGAUCGGCUGCUACAACCUUGACUGCCCAGGCUUUGUUCAAGUGAACAGAUAUAUUUCUCUUGGUGCAGCUUUCAACGCUAUCUCGACCUACAAUGGUGACCAAUAUGAUUUUCAUCUAACUAUUGAGAAGGAUCAAGAUACCGGACUUUGGUGGCUUAAGCUUGAGACAUAUCUAGUCGGAUACUGGCCGAGCUUAAUAGUUCCAAAGCUAGCAGAUUCAGCACGGAAGAUCGUAUGGGGAGGUGAAAUUGCGCAUUAUGUUCAAGGCAGACGGGAACACACGCUACCGCAAAUGGGGAGUGGCCAUUUCGGAGAAGAAGGUUUUAAGAAGGCGGCUUAUUUCAAUAGCAUAGAGUACAUCGAUAAAUCUAAUUAUCCGAUCACACCCUUUCCUCAAAAUCUUGAAGCAAUCAUUACUCGGCCCGAAUGCUAUAACCUCAAGGUUGGCUCUAGCCGAAGGUGGGGAACUUACAUUUUCUAUGGUGGUCCUGGACACAACCCUCAAUGCAUAUGAGAGAUUAGGUUAACAAGAUCUUUAAUUGUACUUAAUAGCGUUCUAAAGAAUGUGUCGACUAUUGAAGACUAACAAAUUGGUUUUGCGUUUUAAGUAAAAAAAAAAGUCGUAUCAAUAUUAUAUGACUGACUUUUAAUAAGCACCACGUUUCUUUUGUUGGAUAAACGUAACAAAGUCGUUGUCACUUGUCAUUAAUUCACUUAUCAAGUGCUACCUUGCACGAUUUGUAACUUGCAGAAAACAGAACAAAGAAG